CCUUACGCUGGCCCAUUGCUGGUUGUUGUUGGAUAGAUACUGUGCUGUUGUUGUAUUCUUAUUGUAUAGAUACUGUAUUGGUAUUGUAUAGAAUUGUAUAAAAUGGCAUCUGCAAUUCCUGGUCCGCGCGAGCUUCCCGAGUCCAAAUACGACCUCUCGACGUACUGGGGCCGAGUGAAGCACAGCGCCGGAGUUUCUGAUCCUCGGAUGCUGCUGGUGACUAAAAAAGAUCUCGAGGAGUCAAAGAGCUUGGUGUCGGCGUACAAGAAUGGCAAGAUUGCAAAUAUGACGCCGGAGCUGUGGAGGGCGAAGCUGGUUCUUGACUCGACUAUUCAUCCCGACACGGGCGAGCCGGUGCUGCUGCCGUUUAGAAUGUCGUCUUAUGUGCUGUCUAAUUUGGUGGUUACGGUCGGCAUGCUUACUCCUAACCUUGGUACCGCGGGAACACUGUUCUGGCAGAUUGCAAACCAGUCGCUGAACGUGGCAAUCAACACAGCAAACAGCAACAAGUCGCACCCGCUCUCGACCGCGCAGCUCGCGCAGUCCUACGCACUCGCAGUAAGUGCCUCGUGCGGAGUCGCGCUCGGCCUGAACGCGAUCGUGCCCCGUCUGAAGCACGUCUCUGCAAACACGCGUCUGAUUCUCGGCCGACUUGUGCCGUUUGCGGCCGUGGUUUCGGCUGGGAUUGUGAAUGUGUUUUUGAUGCGCGGCGAGGAGAUUAGAAAGGGCAUCUCGGUCUACGACGUCGACACGAACGAAGACCUCGGGACUUCUCGCAAAGCGGCUGUAUUUGCAGUCGGCGAGACGGCGGCCUCGCGCGUGAUCAACGCGACGCCGAUCAUGGUCCUUCCACCGUUGAUCCUGGUCCGUCUGCAGAAGCGGUUCAAGAUGAACAAGCGCGUGGAGACGGCGACGAACCUCGGGCUUAUCCUGGCGACGUCGUUCGUGGCGCUGCCGUUCGCGCUGGGGAUAUUUCCGCAGAGAAGAGUGUGGAGCGUGGACAGGCUUGAGAAGGACAAGUUCGAGGGUGUGCGCAAUAGCAAGGGCGAGAGUGUGCGCAAGGUGUGGUUUAAUCGAGGGAUGUGAUGUCUGAUGUAUUAGUAAUGUAUUAGUAAUGUAUUAGUAAGAGCUGA